AUGGAGGCAUUUAUUCCCACCUCCGAUGUAAACACAGAGCCAUCACUCAUGGGACGAGUGAUAAAAGAGACGAGGAAAAGGAGAGGGAACCGCGCGAUCGAUAAGUCGGUGGUAUUGGGUGCCAAGAGGUCACGUGGGUUGCGGCAUGGCAACAAAGGCAAGAGGUCGGACAGUGGAAACAGCGACAGCAGCCUUACUGCACCCAAACGCACGUCAAAUAUGAAGAGGGAGAACUCAGAGAGUUCAGAGGGAAAGAAGAACAAGGCGAACAAAGCCACCAAAGUAGCGGCCACCUAUGUGCUCAUCAAUGGAGAGACUAAAAAUGACGUGUUCAACCUACGUUCGGACGUGAUGGUGAAGCGUCGCGGUGGCCUGAUGCUGAGUUGGACAGGUGCGCGGGUGGAGGUGCCGCAUGGGGCAGUGGGGGGUGCGCGGUCGCACCUCAUCUCAGCACCCCUGCCCGCAGCGGUGCGUGCUUAUGCCUGCCCCUGGCUCGGGCCCAACCUGCGUCUGGGCAGUGAUGUGCAUCUUCUUUGGUGCUCCGCCAAGCUGCGCAAACCCGUCCAAUGCUUCAUCCCCUUCUCCUACGCCACUGCCAUCGAGCUCACCACGCCGGAGGCCACUCAUAAGGCUGAGGAGGGUUAUGCUGAAAAAGUCAAAGCUGCGCGCGAGGCAGCGAAAGCUGCAGCAAAACAAGCCAAUGAAGGUAUUAUCAGCGACACCUCGAGCGAUGGCCACCACCAGGAGGGAACUGCACCCAACACAGAGAAGAGGAGGGACAAGAAGAAGGCUGGACGUCACGAGCGAGGCAAGACCGUUGACUACGUUGUUGUUGGCAUACCGCUCCUUGACACGCGCUCCGUCUUCGUUCUUCAGUCCAGAGUGGGCGAGAAUUUCUGGACUCUUAAAAGGGAUGUUGAGAUAGUACAGCCAACGGUCCACUACAUUGAAUGGCCAUCGCGAAUGCGCGAGGCUGCCUACAAGGCGAGCCGCUUUAGCGAGCACAACGCAAAGGGAGACAGUUCCUCUUUACCAACUGGACCGAGGGGCGCGGUGGGGGUGGAUGGCCGAGCGGGUUUGACUCUGUCGAGUGUCAAGUCUGGCGGUCGUGGGGGGCGCCGCGGUGGAGGCGGUGGGAGCGGAGGCGUUUCGCGGCAAGCCUCCGACGUCGAGGAGAUUAUGCGCGCCGCGCGCGAAGGUGUCUCGAGUCUGGAGGUGGCCAAACGAGCAGCCGUUUUCACCGGAGGUGUGAUCUUCCGCACUGACGAGUUAUACGACUUCAUCGCUGUCGUUAUCGGCACACCCUCUGAGACGGUGGCCUUCGAUUCGGAUGGAGGACUGUUGCGCUCCUCAAUCCUCCAUCCUCUUUUCAGUGUGCGUAUCCCCAAAUUCGCACUCAGGAACACCCUCACCUCCACAUUUAAGGCGAUACAAGUGCGCAAGGACUUGAUCGAGGCCAUCCACCACUUCGACUCGCAACUCACGGAGAUCAACGAGUGUUCCAACAUCUACGAGCUGGACCUGGGCACGGAGGCUUUUGAGAGACCAGUGACAGUAACGCUACCACUGCCCCGAUGGUACACCCAAAUGGUGGAGCAAAUGCAGGUGCAGCCCUCGCCCCAUCCCUCCGGUGCGGACAUUACCGAUGGUGACGGUGGAGGUGGAGGAAGUGGCGAACUGAUGCCUGAUCUGGAGGUGAACAAGCGAGACAGUCGAGUUCAUCGGUCAGCAGAAGCUACGGAAAGUCUCCGAGGGGGGAAGAAGAAUGAAAAAAAUACCGAUCAAGUGAACGUUAACAAUGAGAUCCCUUUGGAGGAGAGACCAAAAAACCUCAUUCUUGUGUAUCAGCGUCCAAUGAUGAAGCGCCAACUAGUCUGGCGGGCGUCCACAGGAGAUGUGAACAGUGACAACGUGGUGAGUCGGAAGCGUCAGAUAAAAUCGGGUAACUACCGCGACACGACCACCUCAGCAGUGCUUCGAGGCGACAGCUUGAACGCCAAAAAUGGAUGGGUGCACCUCCUUCUGGGUCUCAAAGGUGCACCCUGGAAAGACGUCCCCAUCAACGGACCCUUCACACCGCGCUGUCUGCAGAUCAACACCUACCAGCUUGGUCGGCUGCAAUCAAUAUUGGCACUAACCAAUGGGGCGAAGCCUUUGUGGACCAUCGAAGCAAUCAAGUCAUUUCAUUAUUCAAAUCCCUUUGACUUCGUUUUGGGGGAGGUUAGCUUUGCAAUGGUGUACUCAAACGAGCCUCAGCGGACGUCGUCGUCGAAAGUGGCGCAUCUGAUGGCGCGUCUGGAGGCACUGAGCGUGGCACCGCCGGGCGUGCUGCUGCUUUGUCUGUACACUGACCCCUCGCGGCUCUGUCUGUGGGUCGACUGUGUGCCCUCCACCAAGCUCAUUACCACCCUCGAGGAGCGACUCAAUGCUGGAUUUGUGCCCCUUGUGCAGGCAGGUCCCUCUGCGGCCAGCCCCUCAAGACGCUGUGCGGCGAUUGCGAACUGCGCCUACCAAAGCCUGCAGCACUUGCAGUCCGCGUCCGACAGCCCCCCGGACAAAUCUCCAAUUCCCAUCUUCGGUUCGUCCAAGUACCGAGUCAGUGGCUUUGAUCUGCUUCGCGUCCUCCUCUACAACGGGCUCUGUAUUCGCGUGGUGGUAAAGGGUCAAGUUCAAAUUCGAACUCGCGGCCUGUUCGACUGCUUUCUGAGUCUCCUAGAGGCCAAACGGAGCGCCCUCAAGCAACAGCAGGCGGCCGCUGAGUCCGCGGAUGCCGCGGAAAGCUUAACCACCACCGCUGCUGCUCCCACUUCAGCGACAGCGAUGGUAGCGGCGGCAGAGGAAUCAGCUCUGCUAACUGGGAAUCCAGAAAACGUUAGAUCCUCACAGACAACUGAUGGGGUCCCACCGGAGCAAUUCAUCACCACCACAGAGACACGAUUCUCCUUUCAUGACCUCCUCACUGACAGUGCUACGACAAUUGACCUUGAACCCCUUAAAGAGAGCUUCGCUCGUAUUGCUCUUCGACGCGCUCGCAAAGAGAACUUGAUCCGAAAUCUCAUGAACCGUCGGUUGGAGGAGCUGGAAGAGGUCAGGAGUUCAGAGACGGGGGUGGAAGUAGGAGAGGUGGGGCAAGAAGAAAGGGAGAAGGAAAUGGAACAGCAGAGUCACAACGUCCACAAUGUGUCAGAUUCCGAAGAUGACUCCUCUAUAAUCCUUCCACCUCUGCGGUUAAAUGAUGCCCAAUCAGAAGACGAAAGUGUGGAAGAGGAGGAAGAAGUUGUGGAGACGACCUCAGUACUUUCACGACAGUCACACAAUAUCGAGCGAUCGAAGAAGAUGAAGGUGGAGGGGAGGAAUAAUGAGGAUGAUGAAGAGGAAAUGGAGGAGGACGAUUGGGUGCCAUCUGGUGUGGACGGGGACGAUGAAAAAACCACUAUGGAUACUUUUCAAAACCUCCUUGAUGCCUUCUCGAACACAAACGCACCCCUACUGGGACUUCAUGUCACCAAGGACCUGUGUCGUCGUCUGACAACCAUUUACGACAAAGGACUCGCAAGUGAGGCUAUAGAAUUCAUUGACCGAGUAUACGAGAUUUACGCGGUUGGGCAGGUGGAGAUUUACCUCGUACAGCCCACGGAUAUGGCCCAGGUGCGAGAGCGAUCGAGGGAGGACGAAGUGGAGGAGGAGGAGACGGAGGUCAAGGGGACGAAUGCCUCUAAUCCAUUGGCUAAAGUUACUCCCCUCGAAGACGACGAUGUUGAAGGCGAUGAUAAAGCCACUUUCCACAGGGAGGCCAUUCUAGCGCAUGAGGUGGAUGAGGCUGCAGAGGACAAAGCAAGUGACGUUAAAUUCAGCGGGCGGAACCAGAGCAACAUGAAGUGGAAUAAGAAAGGGGAUCCCUCGGAUCCUGGCGGCAGCGCGCAACAGCCUCUCGCCUCCUACGAUCUGCUCAUUGAACCGGAGUUGUUCAUGCGAUUGGCUCCCAGGACGAAGAAGGGAGCCAAGCCCUCCUGA